AUGCCCGUCAGAGCAGUGAUGGAUCUUGUCAACAGCUUGAUGAUUCACACGCCUCAUGUCUCGAGCGCAGUCACAGGAGAGUCAGACCGUCUGACUCAAUCCUAUCCGGAUCUCAUCACAGCAAUACCCAAACCUCCUGCAAUCACCAAGCAACUGUCUAAAUAUGUCGUUCGAGCGCAACAGAAGUUUAAGCCGUAUGAGAAGCCUCAUGGUCGCUUUCCCACUGCACUAGAGCUCCGUUAUGUUGAUAGAUUUUGCAGGAAGUACCCCGGCGAGACUGAUAUGAGUCUGGCAGAUGUCAAAGCGGGCAAAGACGUCUUCGAGCGUGGUGUUGCACUCCUAUCUCAGGAGACUAUCGAUCAAAUUGUCAUUGCCAAGCGGGCUGCUUGUGAAUCUAUGCGCUUACACGCUAUGACAACAGCUUGGGAAAUCCAGGCCUCAUCAGAGCACUCCAAACUUCUUGAAUUGAUUUUCAAGGACGAAGCUAGAAAGUUUGCCAAUUGCGCAGCAGCAGUUUCCUUUGUGGAAACGCUUGUUCCACAGGACAAGCAAGAGCUUGAAGCUGUUAUGGACUUCCAGGUCGGCACAUACAGUCAUGACCUCACGUCACUUGCUGUUGGGGACUUGCAGCUUGAACAAGUUGAGGACCUUGCAUGCAACUUGCCCAAGAAAGAUAAGUCAGAUUUGGCUCAUCAUGAUAAUGUAAGAAGGAACCUUUUGGACUUUGAGUCCGGGUCCGAUUCGGAUGGCUGA